GGUAUCAGUAUGUGGAAGAAAAUAUUGCCAAAGAAGUUUUUGCAUAAAUAUUCUCUCAGUAUUGGAGCUUUAUUAGGAGGGAUUACUUUCAUUGUAAUCGCCGUCCUAUGCAUCAUAGGGCUGCUAGUCCAGCUGCUGAGCUACAAGGAUCACAGCUGCGCCUCCUCUCCGGUCUACGUGACCGCCUUCAGCUUCUCCGCGACUGGUAUUCUGUACCAUCUGCUGCUGGUUAUGGCGGACGCGUGGAUGAUAUGGGGAGUCUCACAGAGAAAAUCCUCAAUCCUACUGUCGUGGGUCAUCCUCUCAGCGAUGUGGGUGGCGCAGACGUUCUGUGUGUUAGUGGUAAUGGUGCUGGUGCGGCGGUCGGAGGUGGCGGUGGGCGUCUGGGUCAUAUACUUGAUGAUGAUCAUUGGACUAACUUGUAUUCUCACAUACAUUAUUCUGGUGGUCUGUAGCCUAUGGCUGGAACUAAAAGGGACAAGAACAAGAACCCUAGACGAGACGACACGCAAUGAAAAUCUAUAGGGUAGUGCAGUAACUUUAGGUGGUAACAAACUAGUUUUGGCUUAGCGCGGGCGUUCGCAAUACAGUUCGACAAGGCUUUAUUUGAACGUGGAGA